CAGUUGGCCGUUGUCCGCUGAUUCUUCGUAGGUCAACUUUCUUCCGUCUCAGUCAAAAUGGGCGUCGACAACUUGAGCGCCGUGCUUCACGGCAAGGGAGACCUCAGACUGGAGCAAACUCCCAUCGAAGAGCCUCAAGACGACGAUGUUCAACUCCGAAUUGGCUCGGUGGGCAUCUGUGGAACCGAUCUCCAUUAUUUCCUUGACGGUCGCACGGGCCGCUUCAUCGUUCACUCGCCCAUCGUCCUCGGACACGAGACCAGUGGCACGGUGUCGAAGGUUGGCAGAGCAGUGACCCACCUGAAAGUUGGUGAUCGAGUCGCCGUCGAGCCGAACCUCACGUGUCAUACCUGCGAAUUCUGCAAACGAGGCUCCUACAAUUUGUGCCCGCGAGUCGACUUAACGGAAGUCACUCCGUACAGGGGUCACUUGAGGCGUUACGCGAUCAUGAAAGCGGACCUCGUGUUCAAGGUCCCAGAUAGCCUGUCCAUGGAUGAGGCUGCUCUGGUAGAACCUUUCGCCGUGGCAGUGCACGCUUGUAGGAAAGGGCGCGUAGCCCCUGGUCAGAAGGUCCUCGUAUGCGGUGCUGGACCCAUCGGUCUUUUGUGCAUGACCGCAGCCAGAGCCUACGGUGUUGACUCCAUCGUUCAAACUGACAUCGUCGAUGCGAAAUUGAAAGUCGCUACGGCAAUGGGUGUCAACUACACAAUGAACACCCGCGGUAUGAGCCCGGAAGCGAUCGCCGAGAAAGUCCAAGAAAUCCUCGGCGGCCCUCCGGAGAUAACCUUCGAAUGCACUGGUCAGGAGACCUGCCUGCAAACUGCUGUUUACGCAACCAAACCUGGGGGAACUAUCCUGGUCGUCGGUAUGGGCCCUCAACUCAGCAAGGUCCCGAUCAUGGAAGCCGUCGUGAAAGAGAUUGUGAUCCAAGGCAUUUUCUGCUACGCGAACUGCUAUCCGACUGCGAUUUCCCUGCUUGGUUCCGGCCGCAUCGACUUGAAACCAAUGAUCACUCAUCGUUACCCAUUGGAGAAAGUGAAAGACGCGUUCGAUCAUGCAAUAAGCGGGCGUGACGGUGCCGUGAAAAUCGUGUUGAACUGCUAGAUCGCUGGAUUACUGGUCCCCAAUCGCCUCUCCGAUGUUAUCAAUAAAAGCAGGGAGUCCCGCCUA